AAUAAACAGAUAUUUCAUAUUGAAGCUGUUGAGAUAUUUCCUCGUAAGAAAUGGUCUAUUUUCUGUGUAAACGAAUAUGAUAUCAACGAAAAUCUGGCAUCACUGAAGAGGAAGUAAAAACAAAACUUUAUCAUACUCGAGAAUUAUUCUCAUUUGUGAGCAGCGACAACUUUCAGGUUAUUGACGAUCAUCUUUCAAUCUCAUUCACUUGAGAUCUUUAUGUAUUCAACGUUUGGGAAUUGUGACAAAACUUGUAUGACAAGUAUAAGACAAGUAUGAUGGUGAGAGCUAUUACAUGGACGCAUUAAAGGCAAAUAUGACUCCCUCUUUGGUCUAUAUGGUGCUUCUCUCAGCCUAUGUCACAUAUUCGUUUGUACAGGCAGUUCAAUGGACACCUAUCAAUCUGGAACCAGGUCGUUCUACAUUCAUUCAGAGCCACUCUUCCUUUUCGCAGUAUACCUGGAACCCCUACAACAAUGAUCUCGACAUAGGCUGGUUGGUGACGGUUCCUCCUGCUUACCAAGUAAGACUUCAUUUCGUUUUCUUCUCCACCGAGCAGAAUAAAGACUUCGUUUACGUGAGAGAUGGAUGGACAUCGGACUAUUCCAGUUCUACACCACGGGUAUCUCUAACAGGGUAUGAUAUUCGUCCAGAUGACAUCACAUCAAGAGGAUCAUACCUCUGGGUUCAAUUCACCAGUGACAAUCAGUAUAAUUACAGAGGAUUCCGAGCUCAGCUGAUUACAAAGAUUCGACAUAUCAGUUUGCAGCCUUGGAAUCAUGCAUCCAUUCAGUCUCCUAAUUACCCGUUCUCCUACUACAACAAUAUCAACAUACGAUGGUUUGUGAGUGUACCUUCUUCAUAUCAAGUAAGAGUUAACUUCACCAGUUUCUCAACCGAGGAGAAUCAUGACUUUGUUUACGUGAGGGAUGGAUGGACAUCAGACUAUUCAAGAUCAACACAAGUGACAUCUCUAUCAGGAGAUUUGAAUCCAGAUGACAUCAUAUCAAGAGGGUCAUAUCUCUGGGUUCAGUUCACAAGUAAUCACGUAAUUAAUGCGACAGGAUUCGUAGCCCAACUUGCACCGAUUCGAAAUGUGCGUAUCAAUUUGCAGCCUUGGAAUCAUACAUCCAUUCAGUCACCUGAUUACUCCUACUCUAGAUCCUCUUACGACAGUAGUGUCAACAUACACUGGAUCGUGAGUAUUCCUUCACCAUAUCAAGUGAGAGUUAACUUCACCAGAUUCUCAACCGAGAAGAAUCAUGAAUUCGUUUACGUAAGAGAUGGAUGGACAUCAGACUAUUCAAAUUCAACAAGAGUGGCAUCUCUGUCAGGAGAUUUGAAUCCAGAUGACAUCAUAUCAAGAGGAUCGUAUCUUUGGGUUACUUUCACCAGUGAUGACUGGGUUACUAGUACGGGAUUCGAAGCACAGCUUACACCAUUCCGAAGUGAGUGUGAAAUAAUUCACAAAAACAAACAUACAAACAAAAAAGCAAGUGGAACGCCUCUGGCAGUCUCGCCCAGUGGCGUAAUGAGCUGAAAAUGCAUGUAGAGGGUCCAGGUAUGGGUGUAUUUCGCAAAAUUUAUACAAAAAAAUAUGCUAGUGAGGAAAUCGAGCGUGCACAAAUGUCAACAUUUUUACAACAAACAUCUGAAUUUGUAAUGAUUUAUUAUUAUUAUCAUUUAUUUAGGCAUAAUGAAAUACAUUUCGCAUUUCGACUGCUCACAGGUAUCAGUUUGCAGCCUUGGAAUCAUGCAUCUAUUCAGUCUCCUAAUUACCAGUUUUACUACUUCAACAAUAUCAACAUACGAUGGUUUGUGAGUGUACCUUCUUCAUAUCAAGUAAGAGUUAACUUCACCAGUUUCUCAACCGAGGAGAAUUAUGACUUUGUUUACGUGAGUGAUGGAUGGACAUCAGACUACUCAAACUCAACAAGAGUGGCAUCUCUCUCUGGAUAUUUGAGUCCAGACGAUGUCAUAUCAAGAGGAUCAUAUCUUUGGAUUGAAUUUACCAGUGACGAUUUGAAUCGUUAUUAUACAGGAUUCCAAGCCCGACUUACACCAUUUCGAACUAUUAGUUUGCAAUUUUGGAAUGUUACAUCCAUUCAGUCCCCUAAUUACCCUCGCUUCUACUACAACAAUAUCAACAUACGAUGGUUCGUGAGUGUUCCUCCUGCAUAUCAAGUAAGACUUAACUUCACCCAAUUCUCAACCGAUAAGGAUCAUGACUUCGUUAACGUGCGGGAUGGAUGGACAUCGAACUAUACGAGUUCAACACAACUCGCAUCUCUAUCUGGAUAUUCGACACCAGAUGACAUCAUAUCUAAUGGGUCACAUAUCUGGGUUCAGUUUACAAGUGAUGAGCAGAUUCGUCGUGCAGGAUUCAGAGCGAACCUGAUUUCUGAAUUACGUGCUAUCAGUUUGCAGCCUUGGAAUGUUACAUCCAUUCAGUCUCCUAAUACGCAUCAUUACCCGUAUUUCUACUACAACAAUACCAACAUACGCUGGUUUGUAAGUGUUCCUCCUGUAUACCGAGUACGACUUAACUUCACCCGAUUCUCAACCCAGAAGGAUAAUGACUUUGUUAUCGUGCGGGAUGGAUGGACAUCGAACUAUUCAAACUCAACAAGAGUGGCAUCUCUGUCAGGAGAUUUGAAUCCAGAUGACAUCAUAUCAAGAGGAUCGUAUCUUUGGGUUACUUUCACCAGUGAUGACUGGGCUACUAGUACGGGAUUCGAAGCACAACUUACACCAUUCCGAAAUAUCAGUUUGCAGCCUUGGAAUCAUGCAUCCAUUCAGUCUCCUAAUUACCCGUACUCAUACUACAACAAUAUCAACAUAAGAUGGUUUGUGAGUGUACCUUCUUCAUAUCAAGUACGAGUUAACUUCACCAGUUUCUCAACCGAGGAGAAUCAUGACUUUGUUUACGUGAGGGAUGGAUGGACAUCAGACUACUCAAACUCAACAAGAGUGGCAUCUCUAUCUGGAUAUUUGAGUCCAGAUGACGUCAUAUCAAGAGGAUCAUAUCUUUGGAUUGACUUUACCAGUGACGAUGGGAAUCGUUAUAAUACAGGAUUCCAAGCCCGAUUGACACCAUUUCGAACUAUCAGUUUACAGCCUUGGAAUGUUACAUCCAUUCAGUCUCCUAAUAGGCAUCAUUACCCGUAUUUCUACUACAACAAUAUCAACAUACGAUGGUUCGUGAGUGUUCCUCCUGCAUAUCAAGUAAGACUUAACUUCACCCAAUUCUCAACCGAUAAGGAUCAUGACUUCGUUUACGUGAGGGAUGGAUGGACAUCGAACUAUACGAGUUCAACACAACUUGCAUCUCUAUCUGGAUAUUCGAGACCAGAUGACAUCAUAUCUAAUGGGUCAUAUAUCUGGGUUCAGUUUACAAGUGAUGAACAGAAUAGUCGUGCAGGAUUCAGAGCUAACCUGAUUUUUGAAUUACGUUCUAUUCAUUUGAAAGUCGGGAAAGUAGCUGUGAUACAGUCUCCUAAUCACCCACACCUGUAUUACAACGAUCUUAACAUACGCUGGUUUGUGAGUGUCCCUCCUGCAUAUCAAGUAAGGCUUCAUUUCAACAACUUCUCAACGGAAGUGGAUCGUGACUUCGUGAUCGUGAAUGAUGGAUGGACAUCGAACUACACAAGCUCAGCUCUAAGGGGGCGUUUAAGUGGAAGUAUCAAUCGGGGUGAUAUCGUAUCGAAUGGAUCCCAUCUCUGGGUUCAAUUCACCACUACUGACCGAGGGAGAUCGGAAGGAUUCAGAGCACUCCUGACGACCGAGUUACGAUCUAUCCACUUGCAGUAUGGGGAAAGCGGAUCGAUCGAGUCUCCAAAUUAUCCUAACAAUUACUACAACAAUCUCAAUGUAACAUGGCUUGUUAUUGUGCCCCCUGCAUAUCAAAUGAGGCUUCAUUUUGUCAGCUUCUCAACGGAAAAAGGUCCUGACUUUGUAACCGUGAAUGAUGGAUGGACAUCGGACUAUUCGAGCUCAACCGAAAGAAGGAAUCUGUCUGGAAGUAUUGAUCCAGGUGAUAUCGUAUCGAAUGGAUCCUAUUUCUGGGUCCAAUUCACCACUAAUAAUCAGGGGAGAUCGGAAGGAUUUAGGGCACUUUUGACGACCGAGUUGCGAUCUCUCCACUUGAAGGAUGGGAAGAGUAGAACAAUUGAGUCUCCUAAUUAUCCAAACCAUUAUUACAACAAUCUCAAUGUAACAUGGCUCGUCAAUGUUCCUCCUGCAUACAAAGUUAGACUUCACUUCAGCUCCUUCGAAACCGAGUUGAAUAAAGACUUCGUUAAGGUGAGAGAUGGAUGGACAUCAGACUAUUCAAGCUCAACACAACUGGCAUCUUUAUCAGGAGAUUCGAGUCCAGAUGACAUCAUAUCAAGAGGAUCAUAUCUCUGGGUUUAUUUCACCAGUGAUGGUGAACGCAACUUUUCUGGAUUCACUGUCAACAUUACGACUGAAUUACGAAGUAUACAGUUGAACACCACUGGUGAGGCAGUAGUCACAUCACCAGACUCCCCUGUUAAUGGCGACUAUAUUAUCAAUGUGACAUGGUUUGUUGUUGCUUCUCCACCGUACCGUGUUGGGAUUAAUUUUAGCGAUUUCUCCAGAUUGGAGAACGGAGACCUGGUAACUCUACGCGAAGGAUGGACGUCAAAUUAUUCACGUUCAACGCUGAGGGGGUCUUUAUCUGCAUCAUCUAUCUCCACUGACAUGACAUCUAUAGGGUCGUAUCUUUGGAUCCAAUUUACAACCCUGCCCCAAAACAAGAUCACAGGAUUCCGUGCAUCGCUCUUUGCCGUGAUACCCAUCAUUUCUGUAGAUGCCGCAAAAGCAGUAUCCCUGCAGUCACCAAAUUACCCAGCGCAGUACCCCAACAACAUCGACCUAAUGUGGCAAGUGAUCGCUCCGGAAAACCAUCAAGUUUCUAUGCAUUUCGUUGAUUUUCAGCUUGAGCCUUCUAAAGACUUCCUUCAUCUAUUUCAGGGCCAAUCGUCUGAAUUUGAGAUGUCUGAGCUAGUAACGCCUAAUAUUUCCCGAUCAGAUCUACCAGAAAACAUCAAACCUAUUGGAGCUUAUCUCUGGAUUCGAUUUACAAGUGAUGAGGCAUCGCGGGGAAUUUACAGAGGAUUUAAGAUUUCGUUGAUUGCCAAAUCAAUACCUGAACGCUUGACAUCGGAUACCGGUAAUAAUGCGACGACAAUAUUAUCAGUGUUGGUGACACUCCUUCUGUCCAUAAUCGUCAUCUCAAUAUAUAUCAUAUGGAAGAAAAGGCUAGCAGCUAGGAAAUCCUCUACCCAGCCCCGGACAUCUCAUGAAGAACACAAUGACAGGGGAAACGUCCAAGAAUCAAGACCCGUGAAUCGGCAACCUCUUACUCCGGAUCUCCUGGCAAGCCACCAACCUUUACCGUCUAAUGCAUACAUGACACCCGAAACCAUCCUCCCCACACAUGACCUUGUAAGCAACGAGUACCAGGAAUAUGGAGGGCGGAACCAUCCUGAUUAUGGAAUGCCUGCAUCGGGGAACAUGGAUUCCCGUGACACUGACGUUUAUCACCCACAUUCACCACCACACUAUUCUCGCGCCAUGAAACAAGCUGAGGUGAGCGGAAACGACGAGUACCAUGAAUACGGUGAAAUAGACGAAGCGAUGCCAUAUCGGGAUGGGGGCAUACCAUCGAAUGCAAGUUAUUGCAACAACCCCUAUACUUCUUCCGAUGAUGUCACAUACUUCACCUUUGAAUCACCAGUUGCAGAAGCCGAUGAUAAUAGUUCGGACCACCAGGGAAUCGAGGAAACAAGUUUCAACGAAGCUAGCGUUGCCGAAUCCAAUUCUACUGAAUUGAAGGUGAGUGGUCGACCACUGCGAUUCCAAAUGAGAUCAUCGAAGGCAAUGAAUGACAAAUCAGAAGCAAGAGGACUUGGUAAGGAGUCGUUCAAUCAUUAUCAAAACGCAGAGCUCGCCGCUAAUUUCGACACCAAAGUCCAAAACCUUCGAAGGAACAGUCAGACCAACGACAUGAACGAGGUGCGAGGUGCUGAUGAAACUGAGACUGGAAAUGCGAAACUCCACGAUGAGAAGGAAUACGAUUCUUUGAACUAUAGGCAACCUUCAUACUCCAAAUCGAGGGUCUGUAGCAAACCUAUCCAAGAGUCAUAUGAGCAAACGGAGGGAGUGGCUGAGAAAAAUGUUUACGGUGUUUUAGAGCUACCGAAAUCCUCACAUGUGGUUGACAAGGGAAAAGACAUUCUGCAUAACGACAACGUCUAUGGCACCUUAACUACAACUGGAUCAGACGUGGACUGUCAGAAACCAGAAGGGGGAAUAACGACUAAGCCUUCUGUGCACAUGGCUUUUUCUGAAGAUAAAAGUCGAAAGAACAGGAAAACUAAAUCGAAAAGUGAUCACCAGGCGUUUGGGAACACGGGCAGAGUUUCAUCAACCAUUACCGGCAAUGGACAACGUGGCAACAAGGGUUAUGACGGACGUGCUAGCUCAAAUGUUUUGACGAAGCCGAAUAAAUCGUUGAAACCCCCAAGAAAGCUUGGUAAAGAAGGCACAACUCAUGGAAAUAUGAAGAAGGUUCAUACUGAUAAACAAGAUGAAGAUAAAUCGAUUCCACAGAUACACAAGACAGAAGGGCUUUAUGAAAACGGUUCGUUUCAUGAAGAGCACCCGGUUUAUCAAAAUUCUGUUUGCUCCGAGGCUAAAGACUCUCAUAUAGAUCAUGUGAGUGUUAACGAAGAUGCCUAUGCCGUAGUGGGCCCACGUGAUAAAAAAAUGCUGGAUGCUGAGAACUAUGAUUCGGUAUACUCCAACUUAAAUUAUUAAUUUACCGUUUAUCCCACUAUCAAACGAGCAAAGUAACUGUGACAAUACUCGGCAUCUGCGAAGCAUCUCGAUCUAAAGAUAGUCCAUUCAUCUUUAAAGAACUGUAAUAAUGCGUUAUUUCCUGGUGAGGACAGAACUAUUGCAUACACACACACACACACACACACCCGCACGCACCCCCUCACACACACUCACACACACCCUUACCUCACACAAAUAUAUAUAUAUAUAUCAGUAAUGCAAUUUUGCAAUGCCAACAAGUUCUUUUAUUCACUUUCCAAAUUUUCGGUAGUCAUCUACCUUCUUCGGGGAAGAUUCGUGAAUUAAGAUACACAAAUAUAUGUGCACUGGGUGAUAGAUAGCAAAUUGAAAGAGUAAACUUGCAAAGAAAUGUAUAUAAAAUGGAGGAGUGUCCAGUGAAGUGCGUUUUUCUGCCUGUAUUUAUUUUUAAAUCUGGUGUAUGCAGCGUUUUGUACCAAAGCUAGGACAUGGAUGAAAUACGCUAUGUACUUGCAUUCAAUUGGAUUGGAUAUAAUAGGAAUAUCGGUCAAUGUGGUCAAUGAAUGGUAAAACAAUAUCUACGUUGCUCUAUCAGUAAUAUCACCAGUAAUAACACUAUUAUGUAAGAAAAAAAUAUAUAACUAGGCAACUAACAAAACUGAAUAGUUUCAAUAUCCAAGAAGGAAUUUUUACGAAUUUUAUGCAGUAUAGGUUUGUGAUUGUAUUCUACAAACAUGACAAAGGGGUCGCGUAACGGCAUGGGACCCGUUUUAUUUUAUGCGUUUUAUCUAUGAAAAAAAAACUUUCACUGUAAAAGCAUCUACAAUUUCAUGAAUGACUGAAAUCACUAAUUAGUGUUAAUGACAGUCUUAACUUUAUGUAUUUUAUUAAUAAUUUUGUAUUUUAUUUUAUACAUUUUAUCUAUGAAAACACAAUAUUUCAGUGUAAAAGCAUCUAUCUUUUCAUAUAUUACUGUAAUCACUAAUUAAUG